AUGUUCGCCGCUUCCGUUCUCGCCGUCGCUGCCCUCGCCUUCGCCUCUGGCGCUGCCGCCGAGUCGCACCAGGUCACUUUCACCAACAACUGCGGCUACGGUACCCCUCUCUUCCUGUACCAGGGCAACUCCAACCCUCAGGGCGCCACCACCAUCCAGGGCGAGCUGAACGGCGGUAUCGCUUGGCUCGAGAACGGCUCGUGCACCACCAACGGUCUCAACUGCGGUGCCGUCGAGUUCACCCUCCAGGACACCGGCUACUCGCAGGCCGACAUCACCCUUGAGCCCGAAGGCAACCACAACUACGUGACUUCUCUUGGCUUCAACUUCAUCAACGGCUGCUCCACCGGCCUGUUCUGCGACUCGCCCACCUGCUCGGAGGCCUCGUUCACCCCCACCCAGGUCCCCCUCGUUGACUGCCAGGCCAACGACUGCGGCAUCAACAUCACUUUCUGCUAA